GGAAUUGAUCGCACGAUUUUAAACUAUCAUGGACGGAUUCGUGUUGCCCACUGUUCCAGUGUGGUUCCAUCAGGAUGCCUCGGUCGCAACGCCAGACAAUGGUUUGCUUUAUUAUUCACGUUUCGAUGUGAUGUACAUUCCGCCGGUGGAGAAGGAUCGUUUGCCCAGGAUCAGCGUUUUGACCAACGAUCUACAAAUUGCGUCGCUAGCGUGUGAUUUGGAUUGGUCCGAAAGACGUCUAUUUGCAACGCUUGAUGAAAGCAAAAGCGUCUACAUCUGGGACCUUGAUUUACAGCAGCCCGUGCAAGGUCAUCGUGGGCACGUCGGGCCGAAGAGUACUGCUCAAUAUCACACAAAAAGAUCAAAAGAAACAGCUCUAUGUUUUGCGGAAAACAAGAAAUUACUUUCCUGUGACCAUUCCCAGCUAAUUGUGUACUGUUUGUUAUCAGACACCUACACAGUCCACGCUAAUUUGUUCCGACCGAAGAGUAUCGUGGUUACGUUAGUUCCUUCUCCAGUCGAUCGCGAUGUGUUCUUAGCUGGCAUGAAGGAUGGAGUGAUUCAAAUGUUUUCAAUUAAAAAGAUGACAGUGUUGCACACACUCCGUGCACACGACAAAGAAAUAAUUUCCAUCGCCUGCAUGAUGGUACCCGUGAUGAACGAAAACCGUCCAAUAUCGAAGAAGGGUAAUGCAGCCAAUAAGAGCACUACAGUCACAGACAGUGUGCAAAAAGCAGGUCAAGCCAGGCCAAAGAAACAGGCGCGCAAAAAGGCUGUCCCAGAGGCGGAUGCGUCUGAUUUUUUUGACAUAUACGAUUUCAACGAAAACCAGGAGGAGUUUGGCACCAUCAUCGAUCGAGAGUCCCAGAACAAGCAGGACCAGUUUCGGGAGAAAACUAAAACGGUCGAAGGCUUCAACUUUCUGGAAGCUUGUGAAAAUCUCAAAGAGGACAUUCUGAAAGCUGCCACCAAGCGGGACGAUGAGGAUCAAGAGGAUGAUGAUGAGGAAGGCGGUGACCGCUCGCAUAUACACCAGGAAGAGUUUAAUACGGACGACGAAAACGAACUCGACGAUUGCGAGAAGCUGCGAGACUAUGUCGUGAUCGAUAAUGAUGAUGAUCGUAGCGAAGGGAACGAAGACGUUCAAUCUGGAGUGUCGGAAGAGGAUGGUUACGAAACCAAGCUAAUCAUUGUUAGCGCCAGUCGUGAAGUAUACCUUUGGUUCUGGGACUACGACACUGGACUACCCAUAGACAAGAUUGUGAUGCCAUUCAGCCAUAACGAUUGUAUCUGCAAUGCACAUUUUAGUACCGCAAUCUGGCUCAAUGAACAACGAGUAGUUGCUCACAAUGGGAACGGUAAUGUACUGGAAUGGAAAGUGAACUUUUCUUUCAAAAAUAACACAAUUCGCUUGGCGAGCGAGAUGAGCCUUGCACCGUAUCCUGUGGGAAAAGUUAUAUCCUUAACACUCGUUAAACAAGCUGUGAAAGGUGGCUCUGAGUGUAGCGAAAGUAAGUUUUUAUGGUGCAACUCCAUCAACCGUAAGUUAGUUUGCCUUGAGGUGUCCCCAAGUGGUAAACCGACCGUCGUCCUCGAUUACUCAUGCGUACUCUCCGUCAAUAAUUGCAUAGUGGAGAACCCUCUGGAAUCGAUGGUCAUUGCGAUGGGUUCUGCAGCACCGAGAAUAGAAACACUUAACUUGGCCAGCAUACAGUACGACAGUAUUCCCAUCAAGCCAAUAACGAACAAGAUUUGCGGGCCGAUAACGAGCUUGGACUGGCACCCCGAGGACGAACAGAAGCUUGCUUUUGGGACCAACGAGGGCCGUAUCGGUGUAAUAGAUACCGGCAGUGGUAGUAACGUUCCCGUCAUCCUUAAACCAUUUACAAACAGAACAAUAUAUGCGCUGAAGUGGUGCUAUCUAACCGAUUCCAACAAACAGCGGAGGCUGGUGCUGUUUGCUUCUGGCAAAUCUGAACUAGCCUACUACCAUGUGACUGGAUCGAACAAGAAUGAACCGGUAAUGUGCAAGCAGUUUGAUGAGGUGUCCUAUGUUUCCGCGAAAAAUAAUCUGUGCUUUGUCGGUACCCAAAAUGGGACCGUUUACAUUAACGAUCUCGAUAACAAUAUGCAACAAAUCUACAAACGAAAAAUAACUAAACGCUACGUUAGCGCCUUGGAGUACAAGCUAAACUGGUUGGCAGUUGGUUCAAACGAUCAUAAUAUAUCGUUGAUCAAUUUCACCGAUGGUGGCAUUGUUGAUAAUGAUGGUAAAAAUAUAACUCUGCUCGAAGGACACGAUGAUGGUAUAUGCAAGUUGCGUUGGAGUCGUGGAGAGUCGAUGCUGCUCGUUAGCUGCAGCUUUGAUACCACCAUACGCGUGUGGAAUGCUCCGGCAGGCACAUGUCUGAGUGUUUUCAGGCCGGGUUAUUUUAUCUAUGGCGCCAUGUUUUCCCCACUGGAUGAAAAUAUCAUUCUAUAUGUCGGCAAGGGAUGCUCACUAUCUUUCUUCGACUAUACGAAGCCACAAAAUGACUUUACGAAAGGUCGUAAGAAACCGUUCAAAUGUUCAGCUCGUAAGGUGCAGGAAAAUGAUACGAAAAAGUCAAACAAAAAAGUCACCAAAACUCCGACAAUCUUACCGCAAUCUGCCGAACAGUUGAGCAAUGAAGAGACGGUCGAAAAACUUACGGAUGGUCUGAAAAAAGUAUCGCUACAGGAAAAACAUCCGCUUCCGUUCCGCACCAACGUGGUCACUACAUUCCAGCUGGCCUACCGGGAAGUUAACAGACCUCAGGAGGUUCUGGAAUGUAUCGUCAAGUUGCUACACACCAUAGAGCCCGAGCCGGAGCCGGAACCGGACUUAAAUACCGAUGACAUUUCGACCGACAAUGAUGACGAUGUGCCAGAGUUACGCGAAUUUAAAACUUUGAAAAUAGAAAAAAAGGAAACGGAAGACGCGAAACAAGAAGCCGAUAACGGUAAAGUUUUCUACAAUGAGAAACUGUUUACCACGGAGGAGAAACUGAAGCAACUUAUACAGGAAGAGGUGAACAAUCAUCAAACAUCAGCCACAUCAUCGAUUGGGAUGGUUAUUCUGCCGCAACUGUUGCAUAAGCUAAAGGAGGUGAUUGUGGAGCACGUUAGCAAGAAAAAGCUCACCCCGCAGCUCCUGGCGCUGGCCCCAUAUGUUUCACAUAUGUUUUGGCGCCAAUGCUGCCAAGCGUAUGCCUAUCAACUGAUCGAGAGCCAACAAUCGCUUGCAGCCAUACCGUACUUCCUGGCCAGCCAUAAGGUUGACGAAUCCAUCGAAGCAUUGUGCGAUGCGAAGUAUUAUCGCGAAGCGUGGGCCAUUUGUCGGCUGCAGAAAAUGCCGGACGAUCCGACCCUGGAGAAGGUGGCCACCGAGUGGGCCAACCAUUUGGACGCGUGCGGCAACCUGGAGGCGGCAGCUCUGGUAUGGACUGGGGUGAAAAAGUAUCAGAAGGCUAUCGAUGCCCUGUCGAAGCGUAGAGAAAUUUCUGAUGAUCUCCAACGUACAAUCGAUGAACUGGCCUUAAAACUACAGGAAGUUGCUUCGGAUUAAUUAGCGCCCGCGAUUUCGACGCGAACUAUAUACUUUUUUUUCAUUUUUUAAUCUCCUUUUCAGUUUUCCGAUUCAGUAAUACGCUGUUUGGGAACAUUUUUACAAUGAAAUAAAUACUGAAAUUAAAU